AUGGAGUAUCGUUUCUCUUCUUUGUUGAUAAUUGUAUUAAUUGCAGCUACACUUUCAAAUUGUGCGGAAGUUUGCUUUAAUACAACUAUGCCUCUGAAACAAAGCUACAAUAAUCUGACAACAGUGUUUCCUGGUGAUUGUGUAAUCUUACAUUGCACAUUAAAUGAUACAGCACAAUGGGGGCUGAAUGGAACUGAUAUCAGUAAUGAUGAUACUCAUUACAAUAUCAAUACUACUAGUGGUACACUGACUAUACAAGAAGUGAGGAGCACUGAUACUGGAAACUAUACUUGUGGUUCAGGAAGCAUUUCUCUAAUAGUUCAAAUACCUGAUAUCAUUGUUACUGGUCAAUACACUGACCUCACUGUUGGUAGUAGUGUCAGUAUUAUCUGUACUACAAUGCCCUCCAUCUCUAACAGUGUAAUAAAAUGGCAUUCAUCAUCAUUCAAUAGCAAUGAACUGAUCAUUGAUCCCGUGAUGCUCUCUCAUAAUAACAACACAUUCACUUGUGUAGUAUCAUCAGAUUUACUGGCUAUCAAUCUGACCAAGUCUAUUACUAUUAGUGUAUUAGAUACCAGUGUCUCAUCUGUUACUGUCCAAUCAUUAUCAUCGUAUGUUAUUGGUGACAAUGUAUCAAUAGUGUGUACUAUUAGUCUCACUAAUGCUAUUGGUCCUGAUGUUUCUUCACUCUAUUAA